GAAGGCUGGUGUGUGGAGAAGGAAGUCAGAAGAGAGGGGCUGUGUGUGGGGUAGGUUUGUUAGAAAAUAGGUCAAAGACCAACUUUGUAAGAGACAGAAAGAACAUCUGCAAAUACAAUGCUGUUCCUGCAACUUGUGUUGCUGGUGGUUCUCCUGCCAGGUGGUGACAGUGAAGAUGCCUUCCAGGAGCCAAUCUCCUUCCGAUUCCUCCUGACCAUAUCUUUUUACAACCGUUCCUGGACACAAAAGCAAGGCUCAGCUUGGUUGGAUGAGCUGCAGACUCAUGGCUGGAACGAUAAGACUGGGGCUUUCAUUUAUCUGCAGCCUUGGUCUAAAGGCAACUUCAGCAACAAGGAGCUGUUGGAAUUAGAAGAGUUAUUCUACACAUGCUCCAUUAGUCAUCCUUCAAUAUAUCAUAACCAUGUCAGUGAAUGGCAGCUUGAAUAUCCCUUCCAGGUACAGCUGGUGUUAGGCUGUGAUUCCCACUUUGGAGAAGCAUCAGUAGGCUUCAUACGGAUUGCUUAUCAAGGAUCAGAUCUCAUGAGUUUCCAGAACACAUCAUGGUGCCCAUCUCCAAAGGGAGGAAGUAGGGCUCAGCAGGUCUGCACAGUAUUCAAUCAGUACACUUCCACUGAAAUAGCACACAAACUCCUCAGCGACUUCUGCCCCCGGUUCCUGUUGGGUCUUCUUGAUGCAGGGAAAGCAUAUCUCCAGCGACAAAUGAGGCCAGAGGCCUGGCUGUCUACUGGCCCCAGUCCUGGUCCUGGCCGUCUGCUCCUGGUGUGCCACGUCUCUGGCUUCUACCCAAAGCCUGUGUGGGUGAUGUGGAUGUGGGGUGAGCAGGAGCAACAGGGCACCCAGCGAGGUGAUCUCCUGCCCCAUGCUGAUGGGACAUGGUAUCUUCAGACGUCCUUGGAUGUGAAAGCCAGUGAAGCAGGUGGCCUGUUGUGCCGAGUGAGACACAGCAGUCUAGGAGGCCAGGACAUGGUCCUCUACUGGGAGCAGCACCACUCCAUGGGCUUGGUCUUCCUGGCGGUGACAGUGCCCCUGGUGCUUCUGGCAGGUCUGGCGUUGUGGUUCUGGAAGCGCUGGAAAACACACCGGAGACCUCAGUGCACUGGCUUCCCUUUGGAGUGAGAUCCCAGCAGCCCAGGCUCCAG